GCCUUUGCAGGGCAAUCGCGGGGAGUAUGAGCAGGAGUAGGGUGAGGCGAGCGAGCGGCGGGGGCUGGAAUUAAAUGAUGCAACCCAUGGAAAGCUUGCUGAGAGCCGCAUCCACCCGGAUACAUUUGUGAGCUGUACCAGCCACACGGAAGGUAGCGGGCCGCUGCCGAGCAACCAUCAUGCGGCAGGCGCUAGUGGACGAUACUGAGGACGUGUCGCUGGAUUUCGGUACCGAGGAGGAGGAGCUGGCUCUGAGGAAGAACAGGAUCAGACAUCCACUUGCUACAUUUUUUCACCUUUUCUUUCGUGUAAGUGCCAUCAUUACUUACCUCUUCUGUGACUGGUUUAGCAGAAGCUUUAUUGCCUGCUUUGUGACAGUACUCCUCCUCUUGUCCUGUGAUUUCUGGUCAGUAAAGAAUGUAACCGGAAGGCUUUUGGUUGGUUUGCGUUGGUGGAACCAGAUUGAUGAAGAUGGAAAAAGCCAUUGGCUCUUUGAAGCAAGAAAGACGACCGCAAAGAAUAGAGCUACGUCAACAGAGGCAGAGGCUCAGAUCUUCUGGCUUGGACUAAUUGUCUGUCCUCUGAUUUGGACGGUGUUUCUUUUUAGUACUUUGUUUUCCUUGAAGCUGAAGUGGCUGGCUUUGGUAAUAGCAGGACUUUCCUUGCAAGCAGCUAAUCUGUAUGGCUAUAUCCGCUGUAAACUUGGAGGCACCAGGAAUAUCACAAGAGCAGCAUCAACAUAUCUAGGCCAACAACUCUUCCAGAGGUCGGACAUCAUAUUUGGAGAGCUGUAAGCUACAGACAUCUUGGAACACCAGCAAUGAGAAAAGAAAACACUUCAGUUAAGUUUGUCGGUGAUGAAGGUCUGCAAGUAUUGCAUCAACCAAGUGGAUUUACUUUUAAGCAGCUGCUGUUAACACGUGUUGUGAAUAGAACCGUGGAUGUCAUUAAUAUAGAUGUCAGAUCAAGACAGUUUAAUUGUUAUAAAUUUUGGAAAAUGUUUUGAAAGUGCAGUGCCUUGCUUACAGUUAGUUAACAAAUACACUAAUAAAUUAAUCCUUU